GUGCUGAAAAGUGCGGCGAAUGGCAUUUGUUUUUGUUUACUUGUGGUAAAAACUAUUUAAAACCCUUAAAAAUAAAUAAAAAAUGGCUGGCGAGGUUAUUGUGGAUGCUUUGCCCUACAUAGAUCAUGGCUACGACGAUGUGGGCGUCAGGGAAUCGGCCCUCGCCAUGGUGGAGGAGGAAUGCCGGCGAUAUCGGCCCACCAAAAACUACCUGGAUCACCUGCCGCUGCCCGCCACCUCGCCCUUCGAGACCCCGCUGAUGGUCAACGAAUUCGAGCGCAUCCAGAACCGUCUGCCCAUGGAGACGCUCUCCAUGAAGCGCUACGAACUGCCCCCGCCGCCAUCCGGCAAGCUCUCCGAGGUGUCCGCCUGGCAGGAGGCCAUCGAGAACUCAAUGGCCCAGCUGGAACACCAGUGGGUGCGUUCGCUCAAUCUGGAACUGAUGCUCGACUAUGGCACGGAGGCCUGGAAGUCUUACCUAGAGGUCUUCACCGCCAUGCAGGCAAAGGCGCAGCUGCAACUCCAGCAGCUGAAGAAAGAAAUCCAGGACGUCAACUGGCAGAGAAAGCAGGCGCAGACGCAGGCUGGCGAACGUUUGCGUUCCCUGGAGGCACACUGGGUGCUGCUGGUAUCCAAGAACUACGAGAUCGAGACUGAGUGCGUCGAGCUGGAGAAGCUGGUCCAUGCUGCCCGCCAGAAGCUGCAGAGCAUUACCCCGCUACCCAGUGCUAAUGACACGGCUCCCACGCCAGAGCACAUGAAUGGAUUUGACAAGGACGAUCUGGCCGACAGCAAGGGCAGUAGUUCUAGCAAUAGUAAUAGCUCUGAUCAGCAGGAUUAUGCAGAACAGGAUGCGGCAAAUGAAGAUGGUGGCAAUGAGGAGGAUAAACCCGAGUCCGAGGCCCGUGAUGAGGCUUCCAAUGAGUCAACGUAAAUUUAGUUUACUUAAAUGAAAAUUCACAAUUGUAACUCAAUGUAUAAGAUUAAACAUUGCAAAAUCUG